CUUGUCCCUCUCCUUUACUUCUUGCCUGCUGUCCUUUGCUCUCAAUUAAUUUAAAUAGUACCGUCCUUGGCCGGCCAUUGGUAUUGAGGUCUCCACAGAAGCCCUUUCGCGCACACCCUUCCUCUUCAACAAUAAUCCCUGGCUAUAAUGGCAGACGACUCUUCUGGACCCAAGGUCUCGGGGCCCGCGGCUAACGCCCUUAUCUAUGUUACGCUUAUCCUGUUCCUCAUCCUCGGGAUAUUUGCUGGCUGGCGGUCGCACCGCAACUCGGGCCUGUUCUUAAAGGCAACCAGAUCGCAGAGCAAGUGGUCUCUGGGCCUGAACUUUUUGGCAAUUAACAUCGGCUCCGGUAUCUUCUACAGUCUACCCGAGGUCGGAACGAUCGCCGGAAUCACUGGCGUGUUCGCCUAUGCGUUUGGAGCAGCUGCCCCGCUGUUUAUCUUUGCAAUUGUCGGCCCCAUGUUCCGCAAACACAACACGCGGCAAUGGUCGAUGACGGCGUUUAUCAUGGAGCGCUAUGGCCGCCCAAUGCACAUCGUCUAUAGCGUUAUCUGCACUCUGUUCGUCGGCAUGUACAUGGUCAGCGAGCUGACAACCAUUUACGGUGUGUUCGAGCUGCUGACGCCUUUGAAGCCGCUGCCACCGAUGAUCAUUAUCUGUGUUAUUACCACAAUCUACACCGCGUUUCGGUGCGUCCACCCGUCCAAGGAAGACAUUGAGCGCGUUGGUCUGGUCAAGCCCACCAAGAUGGGCGGCGAGCUGUUUGUCAUCCUGACGCUUGCCAUUGGAUUCUCGGACAUGUACCACCAGGGAUUCUGGCAGCGCACGUUUGCCUCGCGCAACGACAGCGAUCUGCGCUGGGCCACUCUGAUCGGCUUCUGCCUGGUGUUUGUCGUCACUACUCUGAUCGGAAUGGCUGGACCCUUGGCUGCCUGGGCUGGGACGUGGUCUUUAGAAUCCGGCGUACCGGGUUCUAGCGCAUUCUUCACACUGGUGUCGUCGCUUGCUGGCUGGGUGUCGGGGCUUGUGCUGGUUACCACAGUUUCGCUCAGCUGCUGUGCCAUUGACACCUGCCAAACAGCCAUGUUUGCGUCGCUGUAUGAUCUGGUUGAGCAAAAGGUCAACAUUUGGGUUGUGCGCGCCACUGUGAUUCUGCUUAACGUCCCCGUCAUUUUCCUGGCCAUGCGCGCGCCCGACAUUCUGCAGGUCUACCUGAUGGCGGAUCUGCUCGCGGCGGCAACCCUGAUGCCAGUACUGUUUGGCCUUAUCAAGCGCCUCAACUUUUUGCACUGGACCGAUGCCAUUGUCGGCUGCUUUGGCGGCAUCAUUACCGUUGGCAUCUUCGGUCAGAUCUACCUGGGCAACCGCCAUGACGGCUGGCGCCUGCUGCUGAUUGAGGGCGGCCUGUACACCACUGAUGAGCGCGUGCUGGGCGCCUUCUGCCUCGCCCCAGUUGGCUCGGUCGUCUUCACGUUCGCCUUUGCCUACGUUCGCAGGGCUUUCACCAAGCUGCUGGGCCGCGAGCAGUACUUGUAUGUUAACACUAUCCGCACUGACGAAGACGACGAGGACAACGACUCGGCCAAGGACCGCGCCAUCGACCAGUCCUCCAACGAUGACACGGCACAUCACCAGUCACCCGAGUCGGACCGCGACGACCAGGCCAAGCGCAGACUGGCUGCAGCCAGCCACUGAAUUAGAUGUGGAAUCUGGUCUCCAAUUACUCUCUCCUUUCUGAUAUGGACGACUACAGUCCGAAGAGUAUUUGCUGAAUAGCUCUUUUGGUUUGUUUCUAAUAUUCAACUCCAUUGUCCUUUCA